AGACUAGAAUAUUAUAACUGUUUACCAACACACCAAUAUUUUGUAAACAUAACCUGAUUUUUGUUUAGCAAUAAAAAUCUACACCAGUUAAGUAUACCUACCUAUCUACACCACACAUAAUUCUUCUUCUCAAUAUUCUUCCUAGCACAAUGUGCUUGUUGGUAGAGGAAUGCCGCAAGACUGUGACAUGUUGCGCGCUGAUGUGUGGUCGGUUAGCCAUGAUGACCUGCUCCAUGUGCGACCAACUCUUCAAGCUCUGUCUCUACGAGUGCUCCGGUGCUAUCGGCUUCUGCUUACAGGUCGUGGCAUUAAUCCCGCUGGCUUGCACGUUUCUCUGUACGGCGAAGUUGCGAUAUUACAUGUGCAGUUCAUUAAUAUGCCAGUCACCCAGCACUGGAGCCCUGGGCCGACUCAUUGUCCUCAUCAUACUGUGUGUCCUAUACUACAGACAUGUCUAUAUGAACCCCAACUACAGCCAUGUUAUCUCGCAGAAGUUCUACAAGCUCAUGGAUAUAAUGAGGACUAAGGAGAGCGAAACAGCAUCAUGAUUCAUGGUUCUGGAGAGAAAGGUUGCCAAAUAUCAUUUAUAACACACAUCUCAACAACCUACCAUCGCACAGGCUCGAGGUUGUACAGUGAUCUGCGAUUGCCUGACGACGAGUUAUGCGAUAUGGAAGUGGUGAACAUAAGGUAGUUAGGUUAUCUAUGUUCUUAUGUAUCGUAUAUUGUAUAAUGUGAUGUGAUUAUUAUUUCGAAAUAUUAGUUAAUAAAAUAACAAACUUUUAAU